AUGUUUCAUAUCCAAGGUACGUUUGAACAAUCUCUGCGCUGCGGCGACGAUGUUUCGCCUAGUAGAAACAAAUCAUUAGCGACUUUGGCUAAAAUACAUAAACAUUGUACCGGAAAAGCGCAUGCCCAUGGCUGUCUUGACAACAAACAUAACGCUAUCGUCAAAUCUGAUUCAAAUACAAGCAUACAAUCCAAAAAAUCAUUCCGCGGUGAAUGUUUUAUAGAAAUAAAGGAAGCAAAACCGGAUAACAAUUUUCCGAGGGGUAAUGGCUCUUUCACUAAAAGUUUUAGUAACAGCACCAGCUCCUACGAUGGCCACAGCGACUCUGAUUCGGAGAGCACAUCCAGAACUCGCGCAGAUCAUAAAACCCCAAGUGCAGCUGGUGAAAGAUUGUUUACUCAGAGCACGAAAGCGUCGUUGAUGAAAACAGCACGCAUGAGGUAUGCAGACGACAGCGUUUUGGCAUCACUUCACGACGAAGUUGACGGCGAGAAGUGGAAACAAACGUUCAACAGAACUCCAUCAAGAUCUAGCUACAGGGAAAGAAAAGCUGGUGUUGUAACUAUUGAAGAAGUAAAAUCGAACGGACUGAACGAUGAUGAAAUAAAUGGAGAUGACAAGAAAAAGGCGCAAUCGCAAAACAAAAUUCAGCCCCAUAGAAGAGGUUCUUUUGGAAGUAGUCCCGUUACUGGAAAAAACACUUCAAAUGGUAAUAAACCUCCGUGGAGAGGUGCUAGUAAAAAUGGAAAAUCUACAGAGUCUUUUGUACGAUCACCACCUCUUCGUGGCAGUGUUAAAAAGAAGAAAAUCGACGGAGUUCCAUGGCGAAGGCUGUACGAGUUAGCGCUGUGGAGAAAGUGCGGAGUGAGUUUUGCUUCCGUCGGGGCGGAGACGGAGCGUGCACUUUUACGUCCGUGGAGCGAGAUGUCUUCGCAGGAAUCGCCUGCACCUAUUACGGCAAAAUCCGAGGAGCAGUUGGCUUGCGAAAAGGAAUGGCUGCAGGCGGGUCACAUGUGGCUGGCGCACCGCGGCGGAUUCACCGCCGUGGUGAGGGAGGGCGACGCGGACGCCGGCCGCGCGAGAGUUCGAGUCCUGCAGACUGGGGAGACCCUGGUGGCAGACGAGGAUGAUCUAGAAAAGGCCAACCCGCCUCAACUCGAGCGCUGUGAGGACAUAGCUUCGUUGCGAUGCCUCAAUGAAUGUGGAGCUCUAAACGUCCUUCGCUCGCGGUUCGCCGCUGGCCUGCCGCAUGCCCGCGCUGGUCAUGCGCUCCUAGUACUUGGGCCACCGAGACGGACGGCGCCAAUCUACACCGAAAAAGUGGCAGCCAUGUUCCGUGGCUGUCGUGCAGAUGAUAUGCCUCCUCAUGUCUUCGCCGCUGCUCAAUCCGCUCAUAGAUGUAUGCUGGCAUCGAGACGAGAUCGUGCCAUUGUUUUUCUCGGCAGAUCCGGAUCCGGAAAAACGUCGGCUAUGCGCCAUUGUGUUUGGUAUUUAGCGAGCGCUUACCCAGCACAGGGAUCCAAACUCACUGCAGAUCGAUUAAAUGCAGCCUUUGACGUACUCCAUGCCUUCGGUUCCAGUCGCACGAGUUCCAACCCACACGCCUCUCGGUUUGUGUCUUUGACGUCGCUGGAUUUCGACGGCGGCGGUGCUCUAGUGUCCGCCUCUGUACAAACGCUUUUACCCGACUUCAGGCCUGGACAGUCGCCUUUGAGAGCGCUACACACGUUAUUCCACGGCAGCGACGGGCGCCUCCGUCGAGAACUGCUCCUCGAUCAAGCACCAGUUAAUGCGCCCAACCCGUUCAUCAGCUGCAGCGAUAAAGCCGAAGCACCCGCAGAAUUCUCAGCAUUAAAGGAAGCACUUCAAGCGCUCUCCGUAACUGAGCCCGAGCAAGCUGUGAUUUGGAAGAUACUCGCUGCGAUAUGCCACUUGGGGUGGUCGGGUGUUACCAAAGCGAACGUUGGUUCGGGUUUGAAGUACCAGUUCGGCAGCAGCGGGUGCGCGAGCCGCGCGGCGCGUUUGUUGGGCGUGCCGGUGGAGGAGCUGGCUCGCGCCGUGUUUGUGCAGCCUGCGCCCGCGGCCUCGCCCGUCUCCGCCUCGCCGCAGCCGCCCGCCGUGCUCAGGUGCACUAGCUACGCAUGUCAGUACCGGCUCGGCAGCAGCGGGUGCGCGAGCCGCGCGGCAUGCGUUGUUGGGCGUGCCGGUGGAGGAGCUGGCUCGCGCCGUGUUUGUUCAGCCUGCGCCCGCGGCCUCGCCCGUCUCCACCUCGCCGCAGCCGCCCGCCGCGCUCAGGUGCACUAG